AUGGGAGAGAUCGGAGAGGCACUAGGAACGGACGAAGGAGAACUAUGGGAGUUGAUCAAGGGUUGCGGAGAGGCGCUCAAAACGGGCGGAGAACUAAAUGAAUUGAUUGGAAUGGGUGGAGGGACGCUUGGAACGGCCGAAGAAGAACUGGCAGUAUUGGCUGGAUUGAAUGAAUUGUUGUUGUUGCCAUCAUCCUCAUCGUCUAUGUUCUCUUCGCUGGAUUCUUCCGAAUCAUCAUCAUCUCGAAGACCUUUUCUGUAA